GAAAACGAAAAAGCCAUAGCAAUAGUGCAAUAAGUUAUCUCUCAGACUCUCACUCUACGUUAUCCAAGCCCUGGGGAGCAAAGCCAUAUAUGCAAAGAGAUAGAAAGAUAAAACAGUUACACACACAAAAAUGGCGCUGUUGUGUGGUUCAACUUCGGUGACUCCAUUCCUCUCUCACAAGAAUGUUGUUGUCACAACUGCUUCUUCUAAAUCCUCCUUUGUGGCCUUUCAAUUGCCACUUCCUAAGCUUACAUUGUCUUCUUCUGUUCGAACCCUUUUGCCCCAAACUUCUCGUGUCCGUUCUCAACAGGAUUCUACUGCGGCGGUCGCUGAAGACCCACGCUUCGUGCGCGUCGAACCCGAACCGCGAUUCAAAGGCCCGGAUAUUUGGAACAAGACCUGGUAUCCGAAAGCUGCAGAUCAUGUGAAUACAGAGAAAACAUGGUAUGUUGUUGAUGCCACGGACAAAGUUCUUGGAAGACUAGCAUCGACGAUUGCUAUUCACAUCCGAGGGAAAAACUUACCAACCUACACCCCCAGUGUGGACAUGGGUGCGUUUGUAAUUGUGGUAAAUGCAGAAAAGAUUGCUGUAUCUGGGAAAAAGAGGACCCAAAAGCUUUAUAGGAGGCACUCUGGACGACCUGGUGGUAUGACUGUGGAGACAUUUGCCCAACUGCAAAACAGAAUUCCUGAAAGAAUUGUUGAACAUGCUGUUCGUGGCAUGCUUCCAAAAGGAAGGCUUGGCAGGAGACUAUUCACCCACCUGAAGGUUUAUAAGGGUCCAGAUCAUCCACAUGCGGCGCAGAAGCCUGUUGAGUUGCCAAUAAGGGAUAAGAGAAUACAAUUGAGUAAAUAAGUCAUAGGUGUAGCAGAGAACACGGAAUGAAAUAUGACAGUUGUAUUGUAAGUCUAUCAAUUUCACAGAACAUCGAGUUUCCUGCUUUGGCUGCUACCUUGCUGAUGUCUUCCAUUAAAUGUUUAUAUUGUCUUUAGAGGUAACUGAUUAUUGUGUUUCUUGUUUUUGUCUGAGGUCCUUUGUCGAAUCUUCAUAAUAUUUUUGUUGUAGAUUUGAAUCUUGACAUGUAAUAUUUUUUAAUAUGGUUUUGAGUUUAUUGGCAACUUUUUCAUUUGAAGGAAUUCAUCCAUCGCUUUUCUUUUU